GUUUGCAGAUGCAAACGAUUCUGCAUCACAACAGCAGCGGCGCGACCGCGUACACCGGGCGGCUGAAGAGGCGCGAGGUGCACCGCGCCAUCACCCUGCACCCGGUCAAGGAGCACCGCCAGUUGUACCGGCUGCAUUCAUACUUCAAGAAUCUCCGCAUCCAGGAGCUUCGUGAGUCGUCCCUGGACCUCCACCGGGACAUAUCGGCUGCGAUGCGGGAGCUGCACGUGCCCCCAGAGGAGGUGGCAGACUACACGCUUCCGGGGGACGUCCCGCUGUUUCCCGCCAAGGUGGGCGAGCCGGGAUACUUGGGGGACAACCAGAUUUUAGGUGCCCCGUUGGAUUUCAACCGCUACAAACCUGACAACAUAGAGGACAUUGUCCCGUUCGAUUUUAUCAGCAAGUCCAUAUACUCGGUCAGCCAUUCCAACCCGAAGAGGAGGAUAGAAGGACCGCUCAAGGAAUCCAUCGAUGACGUCAUCAGGGAGGUGAUGGAGAUAAUUAACGCGCCUUCAAGGCAGCGCGGGCGCGUGAUCGACUUCAACGAGCUGCUGUACGGCUACACUCGCUUGCAGCCGCUGCACGGCGCCGACCACGUGCUAGAUCUGCUGCUGAAAUACAGGCGCUACCGCGGAAAGAAGAUGACUGCUGCUGUACGAAGACAUGCGUAUCUGCAGCAGGCAUUCACCGGCAUAGACAUACGAGAAUUGCCAAUGGGCGAGCCACCGCCGAUAGAUGAUCCGGAGACAUUGAACAAAAACGAUGGCAAACUCGAUAAUAACGAUUAUGAAGACUUUGAUGAGUCUAGCCAGCAACAGCAAAACAGCUUCCUUGAUUUCGGUAAGCUGAACGUGAAGGAGGCAAUAGGUAACAGCCUUGUGAAGUUACAAAAUAAUUUGCCGAACGUUUUGAAAUGGGGUGACACGGGCUCCGAAGAAUAUCCGGUUUACGGAAGAAAGAUUCACUUCAUUUUACCCCUGGCGGGAAGGCAAGAAGUCUUCGGCAGAUUCAUGAAGAAUUACGAGGAUAUCGUGUUGAAAACUGAUGAGGCUGUAUCAUUGAUAGUCGUGUUAUAUUUAGAUAAUAAAAAUCCCAUGGAUUACCAAAACUCACAAGGUUUAGUCAAUUACUAUAAAGAUGCGUAUGCUAAAGAUAUACAGACUGUUCUGAUGGGUACUACAACUUUUUCUCGCGGUGCCGCUUUGACCGAAGGUCUGAAGCUAGUUCCUGAGGAUGGCUUAGUGUUCUUCAUAGACGUCGACAUGAUGUUCAAUUUCAAUUCCCUCAGAAGAAUAAGAAUCAAUACAAUUAAGUUUAAUCAAGUCUAUUUUCCUAUUGUGUUUAGUGAAUAUAAUCCUGAAGUAGUGAACGGUGAAGACUUCAAUAAGUUCAAAGACGAAAGUUUUGUGGUAAACUCUGAUUUAGGCAGAUACGUAGUGACAUCAGAGAGUGAGGUGAAAUCUAAUAGAGAAUUAAUAAAUUUGAAGUACAGCAAAGAGAUAUCCGAUGAUUACGGUUACUUCAGACAGUACGGUUUUGGUAUCCUAAGUAUAUACAAAUGUGAUUUUCACAGAGUCGGUGGUUUCAAUUUGAACAUAAAAGGUUGGGGCUUGGAGGACGUAGAAUUGUUUGAGACACUGAUAAAGUCAAAUUUGACAGUGUACAGAGUGGCCGAUGAUAGUUUGGUGCAUAUUUUCCAUUCGGUGGACUGUGAUAAGAAUUUAGAGAAGAGCCAGUUCUUAAUGUGCUUAGGGACUAAAGCUUCUACGUUCGGAAGUGAGAAGCACAUGACGUAUUACAUGCUUAACCAUCCGGAACUCCUCUGGCCUAAAGGAUGGCAAGAGAAGGGUGCUAGCUAG